AUGAAUAAGAAUGCAAAGGUCAAGGCUGAGAAUGCAAAGUUAAGGUACGCUUUAGAAGAACAUGAAGCUAAAUUCAUGAGAUUAGACUUUGUCGAGAACCCCAACAAUAUUGUUCACCUGGAUAAACUAGAAAAGAUGGCAAACCCAUUAAAUACAUCUGAUAAAACUUCUCUAAGAAAUCAUGAUGAAAAUGAAAGUAACACAAAAACUGUGAACAUUGUUAUCAAUCAAGAAAAGAUUUUAUUGGAAGACUCUGUGCAAAAAAUGCCUGAAAGACUUAAUGGGAAUGUUUCCCAAAGAGAAUCAGAUUCAGGCUUACAUUCUAAUUCUUCACCUGUCAUAGAAGAGUUUGCCCGUUUAUUUUAUCAAGCGAGUAUAGGUUGCUACUCUGAAAGAUUUGAAAAUAAGCUCAUGAAGCUCAGAUCUGAAGAUAAAAAUCUUAAGGAUAAGAUAGCAAGGUCCCAGAUUUAUAAUGAAAUAAAACCAUACCUUUUAGGUAUUUCUGAUGAAUAUUUGCGUAAGAUAACAAGCAAAGCAAGGAAGAUCAAUAAGCUAUUUGAAUAUGAUUACAAUCUUAUAACUCUGAAAAAGAUUAAAGAUAUAGGAUGGCAUAUGAGUCAUGUGACUUUGGAAAUGAUCACUAGUGAUACAACUGCACUGCUGAGCAUAGGUUGUAUAACUAGCGAAAAAAUCAUAAAUGCAUCUCAAAUCAUACCAGCUGAAGUACCAGCAUUCUCUCAGCCAAAUGCUUUACCAGAAAUGAUUUCAUCAGACAUGCCAAGUGCUUGUAAGCAUCUCGCUAACCUAGCAGUAGUCCCACCAGGACAUAAACAGCCCAAUUCGGUUAUCUUAUGUUCAAGGCUAAGUGCUUAUAAGCACUUCGCUGACCUAAUGGGAUGGAAUCAGAUGGGAGGUUCUAAACUUGACCAAAAACAUGCCAAAGAUUGGGAACAGAAACACAAAUCAAGCAUAACAGGAAUUGGUUCCAUUGCUAGAAGCUCUGUUAAUGAAAUGGCCCGUCCAACUUUUGAUGUUCAAGUCCUGCGAACGCCUGAGCAUCAAAUGUUAUCUUCAAGUUCCUCUGUUCCCUUAACUAUAAGAAACGAAAGUGACGAAGAAACAAACACAGACAAUCUUAAGAAUCUUAUGUUUGAUGAAUACGUGGAUGGUGACGAUGAUGAAGAGACUCCUAAUUACAAUGAUGAUGAGAUCAAUGUGAAAGCUGAACAGGACAAGCAGGGAAGCAGGUUAAUUAUCGAAGAAAUAAAUAAGAUGAAAGCAGAAUAUUCAGAAAGAUACCAUAAGAUAUGUCUAGAGAACAAAUGGAAGUUACCUUCUGGAAAGUUUGCAGAGAAUAUUCUCUAUCAGUACACACUAAAUUUAGAAUACGAAAG